AAGAAACUGUUGUGUAACAGCAAACGUGCUCUCAGCAUCGAUCCCGUCUCCUCCACCAAUGCCAGCUCCUCAUUGGUGGGAGUGGAUCUUUAAAUUUCUUGCUCUGCUUUUAAACCUAAGUGUUGACUCAAGUUUUCUUCCUGACAGUCAGGUCAGACCGCCGCUACCAAGAUGACAACAUACACAGACAAAGGAGAAAAGCACGAGCAGGGCAGGUUCCUCUGCUUUGAUCACAUCACUUUCUGGGUUGGAAAUGCAAAACAGGCUGCUUCUUAUUACUGCAACAAGCUUGGAUUUGAACCACUGGCUUACCAAGGCUUGGAGACAGGGAGUCGAGAGGUGGUGUCUCAUGCAGUAAAACAAGGCAAGAUCAUCUAUGUCUUCUCUUCUGCCCUUAAUCCUGGAAACAAAGAGAUGGGGGAUCACAUGGUGAAGCAUGGAGAUGGAGUGAAGGAUAUCGCAUUUACAGUGGAGGACUGUGACUUUCUGGUCCAGAAAGCCCGGGAGAGAGGAGCAAAUAUUAUAAAAGAGCCACACACUCUGGAAGAUAAAAAGGGAAAAGUCAGACUGGCUGUGCUUCGGACGUAUGGAGACACCACUCACACAUUUGUGGAAAAAACCGGAUACAAAGGUCUGUUUCUGCCUGGUUUCCAUCCCCCUCUGUUUCAAGACCCUUUACUCACUAAACUGCCUAGUGGAAAGCUGGACUUCAUUGAUCACGUUGUGGGAAACCAACCAGAUGAUGAGAUGGUUCCAAUUGUGGAUUGGUAUCAGAAAACUCUCCUCUUUCACCGCUUCUGGUCUGUGGAUGACAAGCAGCUUCAGACUGAGUUCAGUGCCCUGCGCUCCAUUGUGGUGGCAAAUUAUGAGGAGACUGUGAAGAUGCCCAUCAAUGAGCCAGCCAUGGGCAAGAGAAAGUCCCAGAUACAGGAGUACGUGGAUUACUAUGGAGGUCCAGGAGUGCAACACAUUGCCAUGAACACAUCCGACAUCAUCACUUCAGUUCGUAACCUGAAGGAGCGUGGGAUGGAGUUCAUGACAGUGCCAGACACCUACUAUGAGCAGCUGAAGGAGAACCUGAAACACUCAAAGGUCAAAAUCUCAGAGGACCUGGACGUGCUGCAGGAACUAAAGAUCUUGAUUGACUACGAUGACAACGGCUAUUUACUCCAGAUCUUCACCAAGCCAGUGCAGGAUCGUCCAACUGUGUUCUUGGAAGUCAUUCAGAGACACAACCACCAGGGCUUCGGAGCAGGAAACUUCAAGUCUCUUUUUGAAGCUAUUGAAGCCGACCAGCAAGCUCGAGGAAAUCUGACUGUCCUCACACCAAACGGAGACUCAAAAGACAUGUGAAUUCAUUCAAGAUUCUCACCUUUCAAUGAUGAAAACUCAACAAUAUUUCACCAAAAAAAGGACCAGGAUAGCUUAGACACCAGGGGUGGACAAACUACGGCUGAGGUGUUGGAGGAUUUUUUUUUUUGGGACGUUCUUGUACAUUUUCCGAGCCAGACAGACAUUUUUCUGAAUAUUCCAAUACCACAUGAAUGUUUGCGUUUUUCCCUGACAGGCAUCAGCCCAUUAGUGUGAUUGGCAUUAAAAUGAGAGGAAAAGACACACACAUUCUUAAGCAAAAAGUCCAGAAUGCUCUGUUGUAUUAAUUUUCAAUCAAAAUUAAAAAAUGUUAUUUAAUCUAGAUUCCAUGUUAUUUCUUCCUCUUAUGAGGUGGAUUACCAAAACACGCCAUACAUAUGCUCCUGGUCUGGCCCUUUUAGAACCCUUUGUGGCCCACGAGUUUUAAAGUUUGCCCAUCCCUGGCUUAGACUGACAUGUUUCUGUGCUCAGAAUCAACAUUACAAGAGCUGGCAUUGUAGGAAGGAUUUUAUUACCUAUCUUUAACUUUCUUAACAUCAUGUCAUCACUGAAAAAACGACUUUUAACUCUUGAACUUGUCGUAUCAAAACAUUACUGUAAGCUUAACGUAAGCAAAUCACUGCUAAAGCUCUCAUGAAUGAAAACAGUACAUUUUUCCUUUGGACAUUCCCUUCAGAUGAAAUAAAAACUUCAAAAGUG